UUUUGUUGAAGACGGAGCGAUUAUGGCCGACGUUGAAACCCGACAUACAGCAACAGUGACAGCCGAGACUGAAAGCAAGCCAGUAGCGACACCAUCCACCACGGACGCUACCUCUACUGCUGCUGCUGAUUCAACCACUGCAACAACCACCACUGCCGCCGAAUCAAAUGACAAAAAAGAAGAACCCGUUACAACUGUAUUUCACGAUCCUAUAAACUAUAAUGUCAAGCAUCCGCUUCACAAUGCCUGGACCCUGUGGUUCGAUAAUCCAGGCAAAAAAGCCAAUACACAGUCCUGGUCCCAGAAUUUGAAGGAAAUCGUCACUGUCGAGACCGUGGAAGACUUUUGGGGCGUUUACAACAACAUUGCAAAGGUCAAUCAUCUCGAGUCGAACUCAAACUACCACUUUUUCAAAAAAGGCGUUCGACCUGAAUGGGAAGAUCCAGCCAACGCCAACGGUGGCAAAUUCAGCAUUCAAUUCCCCCGAAACAGAACUGGUGAAGGAAUCAAUGAUUAUUGGCUGUCUCUGCUUUUGGCCAUGAUCGGUGAGCAAUUUGCACACGAAAACGAAGUCUGCGGUGCCGUCAUUUCUGUGCGGAAGGUGUUCUUCCGUGUUGCUCUUUGGAUCCGAAGCUCUGAGAGAAACGAAAUAACGGAAAAGCUUGGCGCUCAGAUCAAGGAAUUCCUUACCGUCCCCCCCAACAUGACCAUCGAGUUCACUCCUCACGGUGAAUCUGCUGCCAAAUCUUCUCAAAAAUUCACCGUAUAAAUUUUUCUUUACAUCUUCAAAUGUACAUCUCUUUCUUCCUAAAGUUCAAAAACAGUUUAAUCGCAAAAUCGAAAAAGUACAGUUUGCUUCUUAUCCUUUGCAAUUUGCAGUAUAUUGAAAAAAAAAAGAUAAAUGUUUUCUCUCUCUGCUUAAUUUCUGUCCGUGCAUUGUUGUUGUGAGGUUUUUUUUUUUGUGCAUCGUCUAUCAUCUAUUUUAUCAACUAAAUGUAUACUGCUAUAUUAUCGCCAUCUACAAACUCACUUGUUUUCCUUUUUGACUGUUACUGGAAGAUCUCUGUUGAUAUUGUUCAGACGUAAUGAUCAAGUGAAUAUCAGUCUACG